AAACCUCCCUCAUCUUCCAGAAAAGAAAAAAAAAACAACAAGUAAAUAAAACAAAAAAAAGUCAUCUCCAUUCAACCUAUAUUCACUUUCGUUACGCUUGCCUAACUAGGAUAUGCCCAAUUUAAUCAUCUUGUUCCAGCACCAUAUAUAUAAAGGAAGAUUUCGAAAUCAUUCGAAUUUCAUUUGCAAGAAUGUCUUUGGGAUUAAUAUUACCUUUAGCGCUAUUAGUGGUUGUUAGGGCUCAAAUGCCCCAUAUGCCACCAAUGCCUAUGCCAAUGCAGCCACCACCACCUUAUAACAUGUAUGGACCUGUUAAUCCAUAUGCAGGUGGAAGUGCCACCAGUGUAAUGUAUCCUUCUGCACCACAACAAAUGCCACCACCACCUAUGUCUCCUCCAUUACCAUAUCCACCUGGAACAACCAUGUCCUACUCCUCAUCUGCAUACCCGAUUAUGUCGGCAGCAGCACCAUAUCCAACAUAUGGUGUACCACCACCUUUAAUGUAUCCUCCACCAUAUCAGACUUAUUCUGGAUCUGGACCGACAGGGGACCCAUUCACUUCUUCAUCAGGAAAUGGAAUAUUCAAUGCAAAGACUCUGAGCCAAUUGCUGGGAUUGCGAAAACGAAGAUGAUGAAUUAGAGUUUAAAACCAAAUCUUAGGGCAGGCUGGCCCCUGUCCUCUUGUUUACAACAUAUCAUUUCACCAUUUUUUGAUUACAAAUUUGUAAAUCUACAAAUGGAGAUUUAUGUAGUUUAUGAUUUAUGUAGAAAAAUUAGUGCGUUUGAAAAGUAUUUUGUGUUUUGUCUUAACCAGUUUUUAUUCA